CUGGAAAGAUGGCGCAUCUUGCGCAGCUGGGUUGCGCAGUUCUCCGUCUACGCGCCAACGACCAAUAGUAUGAAGGGACCUCUCACAUGGCGGUUGCGUCACUCCGGGGCCCGGGGAGUUUGGGCUUGGGAUCUAAAGGAGUAUUCUACGCCGAUGGAACCUUGUCCUCCAUCACUAACUUCAGAGAACAUUUAAAGAGUUGGCGGAGGCGACGUCCUCUUGAGAGGAGUCACUGAGGCCGCACAGCGUCCCCUCCGUUUCAGGCGACCUUGAGCUCUGAGUGACACCUGGCCUGUUAUGAGUUCCUGCCUGCAGUUCCGUUUGCCCAGGAAGCACCAUGGCUCACAUUGUCUUGAUUCCUGGGUUGUCUCGAGGUUCUGUGGGCGCCAUCUGCACCCAGGCUGCUUUGUGGGGAUUCACAGCCAGCACUGUGCGGCACCUUACCCUAGCCAGCAUAAUGAAAUCCAGAAGGAAAACUGACCACCUAGAGAGAACCGCCAGUGUCCUCCGCCGGGAGGUCAUGGCUACAGCUAAGGUGUGUGAAGUCACUCGUGAGUCUCCGUCAGUGAAGAGCCUCCGUUUGCUUGUUGCUGAUAAAGACUUUUCCUUUAAGGCUGGCCAGUGGGUUGAUUUCUUCAUCCCAGGAGUCUCCGUGGUUGGUGGGUUUUCAAUUUGCUCCAGUCCCCAACAGCUAGAACAAGAGCGAAUAAUAGAAUUGGCAGUGAAGUAUACAGACCACCCUCCUGCUGUCUGGGUGCACAAUAAGUGCACACUUGACUCUGAAGUGGCUCUCAGAGUAGGUGGAGAGUUCUUCUUUGACCCUCAGCCCACAGAUGCCCCUCGAAACCUCGUCUUGAUUGCUGGAGGGGUCGGGAUUAACCCGCUGCUUUCUAUCCUGCGCCACUCGGCAGAUCUCCACCGAAACCACGCAGACAAAAGACGUAGCUAUGAGAUAGGAACAAUAAAACUGUUCUACAGUGCAAAGAACACCAGCGAACUCCUGUUCAAGAAAGAUAUCCUCAACCUAGUACAUGAAUUUCCUGAGAAGAUUACCUGCAGUUUUCAUGUUACAAAACAGACAGCACAAAUCAGUGCAGAACUUAAGCCUUACGUCACAGAUGGAAGAAUAACAGAGAAGGAGAUAAGAGAUCACAUUUCAGCAGAGACUCUAUUCUUUGUCUGCGGCCCACCUCCAAUGACAGACUUUUUCUCUAAGCACCUGGAAAGCAGCCAUGUUCCCAAGGAACACAUCUGCUUUGAGAAGUGGUGGUAGGACCAGGCACAGAAGACCGGAGAGCCGCUCGGGACAGUGAGGCUUCAAGUGUGCAGCCGAGGACUAAAGGAAACCCAGCAACGGGGUUACACGAGAGACUUCCCGCAGACCUCAUUGGUCACACUGUUUUUGACUAUAUUGAUUUUUCUUUCAUUAAUACCUAUGUAAUUAUGAUAUUCCAUUAUUGUAGAAUCUCUGGCCCCUGGGAGAAGACCAUACUCAAUCCAAUUUUAAUUAAAAGAUUUAUUGUUGAGCUGCUUGCAGGAUGACAGUCUGAGAGCCAAAUUUCAGAUUGCCAUAGAGGAGGGUGUGGGGAAGGUUUCCCAAAGGGAAAAGGUCCACAGUAUCUGUGCAAGCAAGCAAAAACUGGCCUGGUCUGCCAAGGUUAAGUGGUUAAAGCAACUCUAAACAAUCUGGGUAUCUGCAUAAGCCAGUUACAGAAGCUGAAAAGGUGGUCUCCCUAACAAGGACGUAGUCACAGCUGUACCUUUCUGGGGGUCCCCAAGUCAGGGUUGUUUCUGGGAUCCCGUGUUUCUGGAAUUUUGGGUCUAUGGCAAGCAGUCAUUAGUACUAACAUGGAGGAAGACAUAGGAAAAAAAUGGAGUUUCUCUGGUUGGCCUUUACACCAUGAACUGAUUAAUACAGAUUUUUCUUUUGUCUUUUUGGGACAAAUUGGUCUACUUCCAUUAUUAAUUAAAGGAAAAUGUGAGUUUUGUGUGAACUAUAUAGUUCUUUAAAUUAUUGGACAGAAAAUCAUAAAAUUUGUGUUAGGAAUUUAUAAUUUUAAAUACAGUCUUUAUUUUGAAGAGUCUUCGUGUUUACUGUUUCAGGGUUUUUACGAUGGGCGGCCUGCAGCACCAUCAGGAAGUGAAAGGUCAUGAGGAGAAGAGCUUUGGGUUGGGUGGCCAUUUUGUUUUCCUUCUUGGAGUUGAUUCCCCUGAUUAAUUUGUUAUUGUUAGUUCUUCUGUAAUAAAACCUUUCUGUGUCCUGUC